UCUUCUUCUCCUUCCUCUCCCCUCUGCCCCUCCUCGGUCCUAAGCUCCCACUUUCCAUCUCCACACUCCGGGCAUCUUGCCCUCAGACCGUCACCUGCACCCCAAGCCCAUUAGUGCACCCUCCCGCGGCGGGUCUCUCGAAGACCCUCCGCCUUAGCCUGUGCCCCGGAGCAGUGUUCCCGCUUCCCGGGUCCCUCCCCCCCCAUCACCCGCAACGCUGCCCCGCACCCUCUCCCUCCGCGUCUUUCCUUCCCCUCCCCGCGAAGUUUCAGGGCUGUCAGUCCCGGAGACUUUCGGGCAGCCCGCACCCAAGCUGCAGGCAGCCGGCGCCAUUGUGCAAACGGCCGCCCGGGACCGGAGGCCCGAGCGCCUGGGUCCCCGAAGCGGGCCGCGGCACGUAGCCGCAGGAGCCCGCCAGGGUUCUCAGUGGGACAGCCAGAGAUGGCUCCCCAGAGUGAGCCCAGGGAUGGGUUCAGUAAUGCCCAGGAGAAGAUGUCAUCUAGAGGAGAGAGCACACUGCACUCCUGCUCAGGGCAUGAGACCCCUGGCCAGAAAGAAGGCAUCCACACAGAACAAGCUGAAGCUCCUUGUAUGGGCAGCCAGGCCUGUACCCCACAGAAGGCGGAGCCUGCAGGCUCUGUCCCAGGGGAGGAAUGGAUGAUUCGGAAGGUGAAGGUAGAGGAUGAGGAUCAGGAGGCAGAGGAGGAGGUGGAAUGGCCCCAGCAUCUCUCCUUCCUUCCCAGUCCUUUUCCCACUCCUGACUUGGGUCAGUUGGCUGUUGCGUACAAACUGGAGCCGGGGACUCCGGGGGCACUAGGUGGAAUCGCGCUGUCGGGGUGGGCCCCGAUCCCUGAGAAGCCUUACGGCUGCGAGGAAUGCGAGAGGCGAUUCCGGGAUCAGCUAACUCUGCGGCUGCACCAGAGGUUGCACCGGGGUGAGGGUCCUUGUGCCUGCCCGGACUGUGGCCGUAGCUUCACGCAGCGUGCUCAUAUGCUCCUGCACCAACGCAGCCACCGCGGAGAGCGUCCCUUCCCGUGCUCAGAGUGCGACAAGCGCUUCAGCAAGAAGGCCCACCUGACCCGCCACCUGCGCACGCACACUGGCGAGCGUCCUUACCCGUGCGCUGAGUGCGGCAAACGCUUCAGCCAGAAGAUUCACCUAGGCUCGCAUCAGAAGACCCACACAGGAGAGCGGCCCUUCCCCUGCACCGAAUGCGAGAAGCGUUUCCGCAAGAAGACGCACCUGAUCCGCCACCAGCGUAUUCACACGGGCGAGAGGCCCUACCAGUGCACCCAGUGCACGCGCAGCUUCACACACAAGCAACACCUGGUGCGGCACCAGAGGGUGCACGAUGCUGCUAGCCGCACCAGGUCCUCUCCCGACAUUCCUGUUACUCCCCACUCCCCCACCGCGUCUCUUACCCCAUCCCCUCCUGGGUCCAAGCCUUUCGCUUGUUCCCACUGUGGGCAGAGCUUUGGCUGGAAAAAGAACCUCGCUACGCACCAGAGUCUGCAUCUCACCGAGGGUCGUCCUUUUGGGUGCGAUGAAUGUGCACUGGGCACCAACGUGGACCCCGCCGCCGAGCCCUCGGUCUGCACUCCCCAUGCGCCUGACUGUGGUCCGGGUUCGGGGCCCGCGGUACCCCAGCGCACCACCUCCAGCGAGCGCUCCUUCUUCUGCCCCGACUGCGGGCGAGGCUUCGCCCACGGGCAGCACCUGGCCCGCCACCGGCGGGUGCACACAGGCGAAAGGCCAUUUGCCUGUGCUCAGUGUGGCCGCCGCUUCGGCUCACGACCCAAUCUAGUCGCCCACUCCCGGGCCCAUAGCGGCGCCAGACCUUUUGCCUGUGCGCAGUGUGGCCGCCGCUUCAGUCGCAAAUCUCACCUGGGCCGCCACCAGGCAGUGCACACUGGCAGCCGCCCCCACGCCUGCGCCGUCUGCGCCCGCUGCUUCAGUUCUAAAACCAACCUGGUCCGCCAUCAGGCAAUUCAUACAGGUUCCCGCCCCUUUUCCUGCCCUCAGUGCGCCAAGAGCUUCAGCCGCAAGACCCAUCUGGUGCGGCACCAACGCAUCCAUGGGGACGCGGCCCUCCCAGCCUCGAACCUCUCUGCUCCAGCCUGGUCCAAUCCCUCCGAGGUGGUACCACCUGCAAUCUUUUUCUAAGCGGAGUUCUGACCCGCGUCCUGCCUUUCCCGACAGAUUUGGGAGACUCAUGCCUGGAGACUUCGUGGGUUUUCAACAUUCACACCUAGGUUGCUGCCAAAGCACCAGGACACUUGGGUCAUUUCUUUAAUUGUCCUUUCUUUAAUGUUAGUUGAGAAAUCCGGAAAAACAUACUUAGCUCUUGACAGUUGUGACAACACACAGAGACUAUCCUUGCAGAUACCACACUGAGAACCAGACGUUUCUGGGGAUCAACCAGGUCAAGGGGAGACUGACUGAGCGAGAGAGCUCUAAAUAGAGGAUAAGAAUAGUUAUUUAUGUACUUGAAGUUCAUUAAAGUUCAAAUCUGAAGUUCUGGGGCUGUUAACUGAGCCACUGAAGGAAAGCCUGACUUUACUUGCUGCCACUUCCAUCCACAGGAAAAAGACCUUUCCUGUCAGUCCAGGGACAUAAACUUAGGUAGCUGGUUCUUCCCAACCAAAGUGCAAGUGGCAUACAUGCCAAACAAAUACCAUGGUCCUGCGAGUGCGCUCGCGCGCGCGUGUGUGUGUGUGUGUGUGUGUGUG